GCUGAAGGCCAGGAUUCAGUUUUUUCUGGGCAGGGAAGGGUUAAAUCCUCCUGGGCCUCCCAGGCUCUGGCCACUCUCCCCUCCUGACCUUUCUCCUCUCCAGCCUCAGGCACAGCCGCAGAGCCACCCGUGCACCCUGCCUCGUCCUCAUGGCCUACCUGAGCCGCUCACAGCUCCAGAAGUUUCAGGAGGAUGGAUUUCUGGUGCUGGAAGGAUUCUGGUCUGCAGACGAGUGUGUGGCCAUGCAAUGGAGGAUUGGCGAGAUAGUGGCUGAGAUGGAUGUCCCUCUCCAUUGUCGCACGGAAUUUUCCACCCAGGAGGAGGAGCAGCUGAGAGCCCAGGGCAGCACAGACUAUUUCUUAAGCAGCGGCGACAAGAUUCGAUUCUUCUUUGAGAAAGGCGUCUUUGAUGAGAAAGCUCUGCACGCCCAUGACUCUGUCUUCAGGUGUGUCACACACUCCCCCAAGGUGCAGGCUUUGGCCAGAAGUCUGGGCCUCCAGAUGCCCGUGGUGGUGCAGAGCAUGUAUAUCUUUAAGCAACCUCACUUGGGCGGCGAAGUCUCCCCUCACCAGGAUGCCUCCUUCCUGUAUACGGAGCCUCUGGGCCGGGUGCUGGGCGUGUGGAUUGCUCUGGAAGACGCCACGCUGGAGAACGGCUGCCUCUGGUUCAUCCCUGGCUCCCACACAGGUGGAGUGUCGAGAAGGAUGGUCCGGGCCCCUGCUGGCUCGGCGCCUGGCACCAGCUUCCUUGGGACAGAGCCAGCCCGGGAUAACAGCCUCUUUGUGCCCACACCGGUGCGGAGAGGGGCCCUCAUCCUAAUCCACGGAGAAGUGGUGCACAAAAGUGAGCAGAAUUUCUCCGACUACUCACGCCAGGCCUAUACUUUCCACCUCAUGGAGGCUGCUGGCACCGUCUGGAGCCCAGAUAACUGGCUCCAGCCGACAGCUGAGCUGCCCUUUACCCCACUGUACACCUAAAGGCCCUCUGAGGGCAGGGACGCCACCCCCUCUCGGGAGAAGCUGUGGGCCACCAACGCCAGCGCCUCACCCCACCGCCCAGCUGCAAUGGGGAA